AUGUGGAGCCUCCUGGGCCUGUAUUUUAUUUGCGCCGCGCGGGCGGCGACUGCACCCUCAGCCAGUUGUGAAGAAGCCUCGGGGACUUGCUGGAAGUCGGCGACGCUGGCAGAAGAGGUCCGGGAGACGGGGCUUUCGAUGGUGCAGCGAGGGCGGGUACGACAGAGGGCAAAGAAGCCCUGGGAGACGCUCCGAUUCACCGCAGUGGCAUACCACAAGUCGGGCGUCUUCCUCAUGCAGGAGCUGCAGAACUUCAUCUUCGGGGUCCUUGGGGCUCCAGACUCGGCCAUCGGGAAAUGGCAGCAGCCGUGCUUCAACGAGAUCAUCUACAACGAGGAGUGGUGCAAGCACCACGACGCGCCCAUCCGAACGUUGGUGGACAUCUAUGGCCCGGACUUGGACAAGCUCGAGCGCGCGGCUGCGGGGCCGAAUGGCAUGAGAGUCGCAGGCUCGGUCCGAGAUCCUUUGGCCAUGGUCGCGUCUGCGUACUGCUACCAUCAUCGAGGGGAGGAGCUCGGCUACCCAGCCUUGUGGCCUCCAGGUGCAGUGAUCACCAUGGGACCCGAGGAAGGCGUCAAGUUCGUCGCGGAAAGGAUGUUCACCACUGUGCAGAACAUGACGGAGAUCUUCGCAAAUCCUGCCGAGGACACCAUCCGCCUGUCCUUCGAGAAGUUUGCAAAUUCCAGCGAAAGUUUCGACCACGAAGCGGCUCGCUUGGUGGACUUUUGGCUGGGUGACUUCGUGAGUGACUUUGAGCGAAGCCAGAUGCUGGAGAGCGCCAAGCAGGCGGACCUCCACCGAAAUGCCGAUGAGCUGAAGAACAAGAGCCAGGCCAUUUCGACGCACAGCAACAGCGAAGACUGUGAGGUGAAAGCCCUUGAAGCGACCAAGCGGCUGCCUCCCGAGCUUCUCGCACAGUACCGGACUUUUCAAACCCGGCUCGGGUACAAAGCUGACUAA